AUGACAAUCCGUAACAACCUCCCCUACGUCAAAGUAGACCCCUACGACCAAAUGGACGCCCCGCGCAUGUUCGCCGAACCGGCAUUCUUCACCCCAAAGUUCCAAGGACUGCGGAAUACAUGGAGAUCGGCCAUCGAACAAUUGCCUCGGGUGUGGCGAUUCCGAUCCGCACGCAUCGCCCUCCUCUUCUACGCCGACGCAGCCGGCCAAGUCGCCACUCCCAGCGUCAAUUCGAACUGGCGUCUCAUCCAAACCGCCGCAGCUGGCGUGCUGCAGUAUUGCGUCCGCGGCCAGCGGGGCGUUGGCGGCGUGUGGAUCAUCUCCGACCACACGCAGACGCCCUACCUCUCCCUCUACCUCUACGAAUCAGGCUCCCCGUUCGAGGACGUGCUGAACAGGUACAUGAUCACCGGGCUCGGGGUCAACCCGUUCAAUCCGAGGGGUUUCGGCGUCGAGGGUGUGGCGCUCAAUUCCUCGGGGGUGCUGGGAGCGGUGGAGGACCAGGCGGUGUUGGCGGGGGAUGUUGCCGCGACGGCGGGGAUAGGGGCGGCGCCGAGUCCGGCGCCGAGUGUGGUUGCGGUGUUGCGGGGGGAGUUGGGCGUUCAAUGA